GUGUUGGAUAAUUCUAGAAGAGCGUCGGUGAGACUUCAGUGCGAGCGCUACUGACAGCACAGGGCCUGAGAUUGACCCGCCAGAGUUCAUUUCUUUGACAUUCAGCUGCUUUACAAAAAGCUCUUCUCAGCGUUCAUCUGAAUUUAGCCAUCAAAUAAGUCAAAGAUGUUGUCUGCGGCGAGAACAGCGGUGAGGAGUGUGUCGUGCUCUCAGAAAUCCUGCAGCAGUGUGUCUGAUCUCAUCAAGAAGGCUUGUUGGAAUGGAUUGACACAACAGACUCUUCAGACCACAGCCAGACGUCAUUAUGCGUCGGAGGCGAUCAGAGGCGCCGUCAUUGGCAUUGACCUGGGAACCACCAACUCCUGCGUGGCUGUGAUGGAGGGAAAACAAGCAAAGGUCCUGGAGAAUGCAGAGGGAGCAAGGACGACUCCGUCAGUGGUGGCCUUCACGGCUGAUGGAGAGAGACUCGUGGGAAUGCCGGCCAAACGCCAGGCUGUCACCAACCCCAACAACACUCUCUACGCUACUAAACGUCUGAUUGGACGCCGCUACGACGACCCUGAAGUUCAAAAAGAUUUGAAAAAUGUGCCCUAUAAGAUCGUGCGUGCCUCUAAUGGAGACGCCUGGCUGGAAGCCCACGGUAAACUGUACUCGCCCAGUCAGGCCGGAGCCUUUGUCCUCAUGAAGAUGAAGGAAACCGCAGAGAGCUACCUGGGUCAUACGGUGAAGAACGCUGUUAUUACAGUACCUGCUUACUUCAAUGACUCUCAGAGACAGGCGACGAAGGAUGCUGGACAGAUUGCAGGUUUAAAUGUGCUGCGUGUUAUUAAUGAGCCGACAGCUGCUGCUUUAGCAUACGGACUGGACAAGACUCAGGACAAAGUAAUUGCUGUCUAUGAUCUCGGUGGUGGGACGUUUGAUAUCUCUGUCCUGGAGAUCCAGAAGGGUGUUUUCGAGGUGAAAUCCACCAAUGGAGACACAUUCUUGGGCGGUGAAGAUUUCGAUCAGCAUCUUCUCAGACAUAUAGUGAAGGAGUUCAAGAGAGAGUCUGGAGUGGAUCUGACCAAAGACAACAUGGCACUGCAGAGGGUGAGAGAGGCUGCUGAGAAGGCCAAGUGUGAGCUGUCGUCCUCUCUGCAGACGGACAUCAACCUGCCGUACCUGACGAUGGACGCCUCUGGUCCCAAACACUUGAACAUGAAGCUCACCCGUGCUCAGUUUGAGGGCAUAGUUGCGGAUCUGAUCCGCAGGACCGUGGCGCCCUGUCAGAAGGCCAUGCAGGACGCAGAGGUCUCCAAGAGUGACAUUGGAGAAGUGCUGCUGGUCGGAGGAAUGACCCGAAUGCCGAAGGUCCAGCAGACGGUUCAGGAUCUGUUCGGUCGAGCUCCCAGUAAGUCCGUGAACCCAGAUGAAGCCGUGGCCAUCGGAGCGGCCAUCCAGGGAGGAGUUCUGGCUGGAGACGUGACCGACGUGCUGCUGCUGGACGUCACUCCUCUGUCUCUGGGCAUUGAGACUCUGGGAGGAGUCUUCACCAAACUCAUCAACAGAAACACGACCAUUCCUACCAAGAAGAGCCAGGUUUUCUCUACCGCCGCUGAUGGACAGACUCAAGUAGAGAUCAAGGUUUGUCAGGGAGAGCGAGAGAUGGCUGCAGACAACAAGCUUCUGGGACAGUUCACCCUGGUGGGCAUCCCUCCGGCUCCUCGUGGUGUUCCUCAGAUUGAAGUCACCUUUGAUAUCGACGCUAACGGGAUCGUUCACGUCUCUGCUAAAGACAAGGGCACCGGCCGAGAACAGCAGAUUGUCAUCCAGUCAUCUGGUGGCCUCAGCAAAGACGACAUCGAAAACAUGAUCAAGAACGCUGAGAAGUACGCAGAGGAGGACAGGAGACGGAAGGAUCGUGUGGAAGCCGUCAACAUGGCCGAGGGCAUCGUUCACGACACAGAGUCAAAGAUGGAGGAGUUUAAGGAUCAGCUGCCCGCCGACGAGUGCAACAAACUGAAGGAGGAGAUCGCUAAAGUACAAGAUCUGCUCUCACGGAAAGACACGGAGACGGGAGAAAACAUCAAACAAGCAGCCACAAACCUGCAGCAGGCCUCGCUCAAACUCUUUGAGAUGGCAUACAAGAAGAUGGCGUCAGAGAGAGAAGGCAGCAGCGGCUCCAGCUCCGGCUCCGGAGGAGAAACGGGAGAGAAGAAGGAGGGCCAGCAGUAAAGCCUGAGCACUUGAGUUUGUUUGGACUGAAUGGUUGGGGAGCAUCAGCGUGUUUCCCUGAGCAGCAUACACACCUUAUUCUCACACAUACUGUGUUUCUGGCAGAAAAUUCUACGAAACGAUAUUGUCAUGGCUCCUCGUCCACCUCCCGUAAUGUCUAGAAGUUCUAAUUCAGUUAUUGUGUCUGCUGAAAGUCAUCUGCAUCGGUCUUGAAGCGAAAUGUGCAAUGCAGUCUUUGAUUUGCCAUCUGAGGUUUAAGGUGAGCGCGUGUGUGAUCAUAGACAUGACUCUAGCCAUUCAGACAUGCAUUCCUGCCUGCGGGCGCUGUGUGAUGUGAUGUUUGUCAAGAUAUCUUCAUUAAGUGUGUAAUUUAACUUUUGAUUUGGAUUUGAGAAUGAAUGAGGCUGAAUGUGUGGCUGAACGGCUUCAGGAUGUCUAUAUCUGCAGUGAGUGUUUAUAAAAUCAGGACUUCAUUGUUUCAAGACACUGUGGUUUAAUAUUUAAAUGGCAUAAUUUCAGUUCUGCUCAUUUGUAAGCUUGUGUACUUGUUUGAGCUGAGAGGAUGAAAAUACGAAUGAUAAACUCUGUAGAACAGCUGAUGUGGAAUUGAUAGUCUGAUUGUCAUUUUUGCUGAUCAUACCAGCAUUGUGAAUCAGAGAGCGCACGUCUACAACAGUACAACUGAAUGUCCUUUCAGAACAUGCAUCUCCAGGACAGAGAGAUGUUGAAGCAGACGGGAGGAGUGAAUGGAUGUGCAUUUGGGAGACAUUUGAAUUACACAGUAAAGGGUAGUUGAGGUGAAUUCAUCUGAUCUACCUUUGCUAAUGAUUUCAGCUUGUUUUAUUUAAAUCGGCGAUUGUGUUGUGUGUGCUGUUAUGGGCGAUUGUGAAAGCAAAUCUCUUGUCUCUGUCUCAUCUGAAGGUUUAUGUUCUUUCUGUCUGUGUGUUUGUCUCAUAACAGCACAAUACAACACCGAGCCGUCUCCUCUCUGCUUUUCUACAUAUGACUUUCUGGUUCAUUAAAGAAGAAUCUCCUGUAACGACAAUAGCUCUGUACAAAAGCUGAUGUCUGUUGAAAAUGUUAAAUGUUCAUUAUGGAAUUAAAUGAUUUAAUAGGUUUAAAGAAAGUAAUAUUCCAAUGCCGUCUUUUAUAAUAAAAUUGUGUUUGAACUCGUA